AUGCGCUCACGAGGGAGUUACCGUCUACGCCUACAAUCACACACCGAAUUCUUCCAGAACCGCUGGGUGGUUCGAUCGCCCAGAAUAAGCUACCAGGGCAGCGCGAUCGUGAGAAACUUUGUUUCCGGGGCCGGCGAUCCCCGGUCGGACGCGGAGCCCGGCACGAAGCGCCCCGGGCCGCGGGAAGCCUCCCGGACGCCAAGUGACAGCAGCUCCGCGCGGGGUCGCCAACAGUCCCGAUCCCAGAAGUUGUGCGGGCCGCGCUCGCCUCCCGGUCCUGCCUGCGCGGGGCCGGCGAUCCACGCGGUCCUUAGCGGAGGCGCGCCCGGCCUCCCCGGUCCCCGCUCCGGGACCACCGCGCAGGCCUGCCCCGCCCGCCCGACCCGGGGAGGGGGCGAGCCGGAGGUGCCGGCAGCCGCGAGGCCAGGCCGCGCAAGGGACCCGGCCCCCAACCCCGGCUCCGGCCCCGGCGCGCCCCGCCCCGGCUGCCCCUCAACUCCGCAAGCCGCCCAAGUUGGCAGCCUCCGCCCGGGCCAAGAACCCCCGAGCCCCGACCCCCAGGCUCCAGCCCCUGGCCCCUGCUUACCUCGCGCGCCGCCCGCCGAGGCCGGGGCAACGGCGCGGGUCCCGGGCGGCGGCCGCCCUGCGCCCGCCCAGGCGCCGCUCUUUGUCUGCGCCGCUCGCUCCUCCCGCCGCUCGGCCGACGCUACGGCCCGGGCGGACCCCGCGGGCCCGGCCGACCUCCGCCGCCGAGCCCCGCGCCCGCCGGCCCACUCGGCUCCGGCCUCACUCCCGCCGCGGCGCCCCCGCCCCUCCCGGCUGCGCCCGCCGCGCGCCCUUCCUCCUCCUCCUCGUCCUCCUCCGCUCCGCCCAGUGACGCCGCCGGGGCCGCCCAGGCCCGCGCGCCCGCCGCCCGGGACCCACCUGGGCGCGCACGGCGGCCCGGCUCGGGCGGCGCCGGGACUGGCUCGAGGCUCAAACGCGGGCGCCGCCCGGCCCGGAGGACCCUGCGCUGGGCUGGGCCGGGCCGGGCCGUGCCGGGCGCCGAGGGGAGGGGAGGCCCGGCUCCGACCCUGCGCGCCCGGGAGCGAAUAG